AUGGAAGAAUUAUCGAUGUGUAGAAUUUGUUUAUCCACAAAUAAGAGAAUGAAAAAUCUCGUGGGUACAUACCUUCAAAAGAUGUACGAAGACCUAACUACGAUGCUUUUCGUAACAAAAGACAACAGACCAAUAAUGGUGUGCUAUAUCUGCUGUGCAAGGCUCAAGAAUAGCCACCAGUUGAAGAUGAGGUGCCUUCAGAGCGAGAAGCUCUUCACUCAAGUACUGGCCGACAAUGUGACAGUACCAGACAUACAAGAAGACACAAUCAGCACAGACAGACUUCAAAUAACUCCUGUUAUACAUCUUAGUAUAGGAAAUGUCCAGAACAGUGUACUGUGUUCUGCAGAGAAAGAAAUCAAGAAGGAGGUGCCAGAAGUAGAAGUAAUAGUGAAGAGGGAGGUUUCUGAGGAACCUCAAGAUUGCGUGGAUGAGUCUUUUCAAGAGUAUUAUAUAACACUAGAAGACAACAUGGUACCGAUGGAUUCAGACGAUUUAAUUACAUUAAAUACAGAACCUGAAAAAUCCAGACUAGCCGCGCAGAGACUAGACUGUGAGGAAUCUCCAUGUACCCUAGAUAUAUCAGAAGAUAAUUCUAAAAGGAAUAAAAAGAAAGAAAUCAAGAAGGAGGUGCCAGAAGUAGAAGUAAUAGUGAAGAAGGAGGUUUCUGAGGAACCCCAAGAUUGCGUGGAUGAGCCUUUUCAAGAGUAUUAUAUAACACUAGAAGACAACAUGGUACCGAUGGAUUCAAACGAUUUAACUACAUUAAAUACAGGUAAGAUAUUAAAUAUAAAACCCCACUUAUUAGAAAGUGUUGUUUUUUUUUGA